AUGAUUUGGAAAACGUCAACUGCUGCCACGUUACUUCAGGCAGUCAAUGCAGCCCUCCAUAAUAGCAUCAUCCAGACGCAAAAUGGCCCUGUCCAGGGUUAUCCUGCCUUCAACAGCACACCUGCAAACAUAUCUCUUACCAACUGGGGAAAUAUUACCGUCUGGAAAGGCAUUCCCUUUGCCGCAACUACCGCUGGCGAGAACCGCUUCAAAGCACCCCAGCCCGUUUCCGCGUGGAACUCGACUCUUCAAGCCAAGAAUUGGGGAAACGUUUGUCCUUCCACUCUCUUCUUUGGUGGUGAUGAGUACACUAUCGACGAGGACUGUCUGAACCUCAACGUUUGGAGCGCAGCAAAUUCAACAGACGCCAAGUUGCCAGUCGUCAUGUGGAGUUAUCCCGCCGCUUCAACCGCUGCGAACGCUCUCUUCGAUGGAGCUGGAAUGGCCGACAAAGGCGUUGUGUUCGUCAACUACAACUACCGCACUGGGUCUUUCGGAUGGCUUGCAUCGCCUGAGCUCAACGAGGAGAGGCUCGGUACCGUUGGAUCCAAUAGUUCCGGCAACUGGGGAAUGCUUGAUCAAUUCGCUGCCCUACAAUGGGUCCAUGAGAACAUUGCCAACUUCGGCGGUGAUCCGGACCAUAUCACAGUCAUGGGCCAGUCUGCUGGUUCCGCCGCCACUUACCAUAUCCUUAACAGCCCUUUGCACGGCAUCACCAUCAAAAACGCAAUCAUUGAGAGCGGCGUUCGCGAUCCCCACGAUCCCUUAUGCACCAGCCUGGCUGAGAACUACCGGACUUUAGAAGUCAACAUUGAGACCGGGUUGGGCUACAUGGCCUCUCUGAACUGCUCCGAUAUUGCGUGCAUGCGAGCCCUACCCAUGGACAACCUCGUCACUUCAUUUAUGGAUUCCGAUUUCGAAUUCACAGCUACGCUGGAUUACUACGCCAUGCCGGAUACCUACCUCAACACUUUGCAGAAGGGUAUCGCGCAAGACGUUCCUAUCAUGACCGGUAAUACGCGCGAUGAGAGCGGCGCAACCUACGGACUCAACAUCACACUUGCAACCUACCUUACCAAUCUGAAUCAGACAUACGGUAGCACCUGGAAAGACAGAUUCUUUGCCGCCUACCCCGCCAACGAUUCGGCCACUGCAUCUGCCUCCUACAACGCGCAGUUCACCGACCGCUCCAAGGUCGGCACCUACUUCUGGUCACAGCUGUGGUCUGCUAACGCCACUUCACCUGUUUAUAACUACAUCUGGGACCACGCACCUCCUGGUCAGACCCAGGGUGCAUACCACGAGAGUGAGAUCAAUUACGUGCUGAACAACUUGACUACGAGAUUGCGGAGACCAUGA